AUGUAUGCUUCCGGAGGAAAGGACACCUGCCAGUUGCUGGGGCCCGUGUCUCUCUUUGUCCAGACAUUGAUGGGUAUGACAGCAGUGGUUGUUCUAUUGGUCAAAAGAAAUUAUGAGCAUCCAAGGAGAAAAAUGAUUGUGUGGGGUUACGACAUCGGAAAACAGAUCAUCGGUUCUCUCGGAAUCCAUUUCUUGAAUCUGGGCAUAAGCAUACUGAAAAAAAGACGAAAAUUACUCUUCCCAACCACUGCAAAUGGUGAUGACGAUGAAGACCAAUGCGAUUGGUAUUUCCUCAAUUUACUUCUGGAUACCACUGUUGGGAUUCCAAUUCUUUGGUUGUGCUUAUACAUAAUUGAAAAAGUGCUAAAGUUUUUGCACUUCCAGAAUAUUGAAAGUGGUAAUUAUUUUCCAUCCAGGACCGUUAGGAGUCGUUCUAGAAAACCCUUAUUCUCUGCCUUCGUGAAACAGCUGCUUAUAUUCAUCGUUGGGCUAGGCGUGAUGAAAAUCUGCGUGUUUUUAGUACUAAAUUACUUAGAAGAGUGGGCAUAUUGGUUUGCCGAUCUUAUCCUUGGCUGGUCAGAUUCAUGGCCAAACUUCCAAGUUUUCCUAGUCAUGUUUGUCUUCCCAAUCUUACUGAAUUGCUUCCAGUACUUUUGUGUCGACAAUGUCAUCAGGUUACAUUCUGAGAGCCUAACGCUAACCAAUGCAGAAAAUUUUGAAACAAACACAUUCCUCAAUAACGAAAUUCCUGAUUUAUCGGAAGCCUCGGCUGAAGCCCCUAAUAAGGACAACAACAUUUCCAGCUAUGGUAGCAUAAUAUAG